AUGGCGACUUCACUUGCUGCGCAGUUGGCGCAAGUGGCCGCAAAUUCAAAAUCCACUCUCAAUGUCAAGGCUCAAAAGGCAGCGCACUCUAAGUCGCUGAUCUGGGAGCCCAAGAUUGCUGCUACGCAGAGCCUCCAAACACUCUAUGCGACUUGUUUCCAGGGCUUCGAGGAUCUUUGCCAAUUGGAUGCCAGAUUCGUGCCCUUCCAAGCCACCAUUUUCAGCGAAGAGAGCCAAGACCAGGACAGAACGCAACUGAGCACUUCCGAAAAUGCUGAGCUCAACCGCCAGGUUGAAGCCUUUCUGCGUCUUGUCAGUGGCCGCCUCCGGCUAAUGCCAGCAAUCAAAGCUGUUGAGUGGCUCAUUCGACGAUUCAGAAUCCACGAGGAAAACACCGUCUCACUGGUUCUCGCAUUUUUACCCUACCACACCAUUUCUGCAUUCGCUACACUGCUCUCGAUACUGCCACGCAUAGCUCCACAGGAACUGCGGUUCCUCGAUCCGUACAUUCGAUCUCUCACAGCGCCACCCAGAUCUAUGCUCGUGCAUCAGGCCAUCAACCACCCCGAGUUCUUAUCGCUGGUUUCCGAGUACACGCUCGAAUCAUGCCGAAAGCAAUACCACCACCCUGCCCUGGUCACCUUUUGGGCAGGACUCAUGACUGAAUCUAUUAACGGUCUGCUCGACAAGACGAAAUCUGGACGCGCUGCAGUCCAAGCUGAAAACACACAGGCCUUGCUGCACAGGCUUGGUCCCAUUUUUGCUGAGUCGCUCAUGAUGAAGUCAGUGCCUAGCCUCCAAAUUGCGUCGUACAUGGCCAUGACUGUGUUCGUGUCCAAGGGAAGCCUUGAGGAUGCCGCUGUCACUGCAUUCAUGCAGCAGACGGUGCUUGGAUGGUCAUCCGAGACGAUCCGGCCUGGUCUGGUCUGCUUGACCAUCAUGGCACAGUUUAGAUCCGCCAAGCAGAUGAAUGGCAAGGUUACAAAGGCACUCAUGAAGGUCCCCGAUGUUGGAGCUCUCCUCGUUGAAAUUGGCCAGGAACGGCGUGUUGAUAAGCUUGCCAAUGGUCUCUGCUUGGCACUAAUCGAGCGCCUGACCAAAAAGGGCGAUUCUCGUGGCCUUGCGACUAUCAUGUCCAUCUUGAGCGGCGAAAUUCUUAAGGAGAAGCAAACUGCUGUCAUCUUCAAGUCGCUCUUACUCACAGCUCUCAAACUCAACAGCGACAACGAUGAGGACGGGUCUCUUAGAAGGGAGCUCGGCUCUGUGUUGAUUGCUCUCUCUCAAAUAUCGGGUAAGGCUGGCGACAUUGUCCAGUCCGUCAUUGAAGAAGUCGAAUUUGAUAUCGAGGAGCUUGAAAUGAAGCUUGACUUGUCCUUCAGAUCUCGCCGAGUCCCCGAAACGACCGAAGAGGUCACGGAGUCGAAUGCUGCGACUCUGGCCGAAACCCGAGACGAUAUCACCAAGGCUAUUGAUGACCUCAACUCACGCUCUGAGGUUCUGUCAAUCUGCCUCGUACCUCAGCCAAGCGAAGUGUUCGACGAAUUUAGCCACCUUUUCUUUUCCAUUGUUUCUGAACAUUCGAAGGAUGCAGCCCUGCUGGCUCAGUUUGAGGAGAGCCCUAAGCUGCGCCGGCAAACAGCCCUCAAGGACUGCGGUUUCUACAGCUUCUUCAUGCGUAUUUGGUCCGGCCCCUAUCCUGCCCUUGCCCGCAUGGCAGCCCUCGAUGUGGUGAAGAACAACGUGAAGGCCAGUGAGGAUCCCAAGGUUGACUUGCAGCACCUGAUUCCUUACUGCGUUACUGCACUUUCCGACCCUUCCAAGCGGGUUCGACGUUCUGCCGCAGAUCUUAUCGUCAUUCUCUCAAGCAGACACACGCUGAAAUCCAGCUUCAAGUCAGUUUGGGGCGCCAGCACGCUAUAUGGGAAGUCUAAAGAUACCAAACCUCUGAAUUCUGAAGUUACCAUGCGAAUGCUGCAUCUUCAGCUGCUGCCGACUGUCGAAGAAUGCGUGAUGGACCCGAACCACAUCGCUGUCGUGAUGAAGGCUGCCAUCGAGCAAGGCACGUACCAUAGCAAGCCUAUGCCCAUGGAUAAGAAAGACCACAUGGCCUCCUCUGGCAGACUCGCGCUGCUUUCAUUCUUCUCCGAGCAUGCUGUUGCGACUCCGAUACUUCUUGUAAAGGAAAGGCUGCUGAAGGUCCUGAAUGAGGUGAAGAGUGUGAGUGGCACUAACCGGACGCAGUCGCUGUUACCUGCGCUCCAGUGGUGGACUGCUCUUAGCGACAAGGAAAUCGUGGACAUGUGUCAUGCGGAGCACAUUCAGAGAACCGAAGUAGAUGCCCGAUUCGUGGAUAUUGUUGUCCCAAAUGAUGCAGCUGGUCUUGAAUUCUUCAUCGAGACUUUGACCAGCACCGAAGUCAACGAGAAGCCCGAUCUUGUCCAGGCUAUCUUUGCUCGUAUCCGGAAAAUGUGGCCGCUGAUGAAGGACGAGUCAAAGUUUACUGUAGCGGAGCAAUUUCUAGAGCUCUCGCAGCAGUCUGGAGAUGAUGACGCCUCCCCUGUCGUGGCAACAGAGGCCUCCGAUCUCCUCAGAACCGUCCCACUCACCACCGAUAUUCUUUCGCACUUCCUGGACUCCAUCCAAACUGGUACCAAGAUGAUCACAGAGCCGCCACCCAACAAAAGACGUCGCACGAGUUCCACUGAUGGCAACCGUGAGCUUAUUAUGCAGGUGACUCCUGAGCUGAGCAAGGCUCUGCGCAAAGUCACUUUUGUGUUGCAAUUAGUGGACAACUCUGAGCCUGUGAAUCAUCCUGAGCUGCUCGAUGGUCUGUUCACUGCUCUCUCUGAGCUACAGCACUUUAGAACUGUAGUUGGCUCAGAGCUUGGCUACCUACAAAAUCUCAUUUUGCGCAGUCUGUUGGCAAUGAUGCCUGCCUACAAAGCGAACAAGGAUCUCGGCAUCGACAGCUCUGGUGGCUACGGCGACUUGCUGGUUAACUGCAUUCAAAAGUCCUCUAGCCCUGUUGUUCAGAAUUCCGCCCUGCUCCUCAUUGCAAAUCUGGCAACCACGGCUCCCAGCUUGGUCUUGCACAGUGUUAUGCCCAUCUUCACCUUCAUGGGCGCUUCCGUUCUGCGACAAAACGACGACUACUCUGCACACGUUGUGUCUCAAACUAUCAAGGAAGUUGUACCCCCUCUCAUUGCCAGCCUUCGCAAGGGCCAAAAGAACCCUCUUGCCGGUGCUGUCGAUAUUCUGGUCAGCUUCACGACUGCCUAUGAGCAUGUUCCAUCUCACAGAAGGCCGAAUUUAUUCCUGGCUCUUGUGCAAACUCUUGGCCCCAAAGACUUCUUGUUUGCUGUCAUCAGCAUGCUCGUGAACCGCUACGACGCAAGCGACGACUUGUUACAGUUCAGCGCAGAACUUCUCGAAAACUUCAGCAUCGAAAUCCAGCUCGAGACACUAGUCAAGCUUCUCGGUCUCACUGCUGACCUCUUCAAGGCGAAGCCAGGCCUCUCCGCUACUCUUCUUGGAGCAGGCGAAGACGGCGGGAUCAAAGACGUCAACAAGGUUGCUCUCCGCCAACUGACAGCCUUCCCCAGUCUCUUGUCAAGCAAGGCUCUUGUGUCGCAGGUUGCCAAACUCGAAGACCGCGAUGAUAUGGAGGCUGCUGAAAUCCGCUCCAUGUAUGCUACAUUACUGGAGAAUAUUUUGCUACUGUCGGAUACUGUCAAGGCCAACAAGCUCCUUCGCACCCGUUGUGGAACUGCGCUCGCCAACCUGCUCAAUCUCCUUUCUAUCGGCGAGUUCAUCAAGGCUGUUGAGAACCUUUUGGAUAGGCCGGACUUGACCCUGCGACACAAGGUGCUCAAGGCUCUUGAGGCUCGCGUUGAGUCCGAGAGCAACAAUGACGCUAACGCAAGAAUCGCGCUUCUGACGUUUCUGCCUCAGCUCACUGCAGCCAUUCGCGAAUCCCAAGAUAUCCGCUACAAGCACACUGCCGUUACAUGUGUGGAUAAGAUUGCAGAAAAGUAUGGCAAAAAAGAUAUCGAGGCCGUCGUUGCUGCAGCAUCUACAAUUGCUGGAGAGCACUGUCUGGGACAAAAUGAGAAGCUUCUGCGUACUAUGGCGCUACUCUGUCUGACUUCGUUGGUGGAUGUCUUGCAGGACGCCAUCGUACCAGUGCUGCCUCUUGCUGUGCCAAACGCCAUCACCUAUCUCGAGCAGAGUCUGGAUGUGGAUUCAGCGGAUGAAGAGCUGCAUUCGGCCAGCUACGGUUUCCUGGCCUCGCUUGCAGAGCAUCUUCCUUACAUGUUGUCCACAUACAUGGACGACAUUCUGCGGGUUUCGAACGCCUCGGCUACCGCUGAUUUGGAGGCUGAAACCAAUGGUAAUCGCGUGCUUUGCCUCGAGGUUCUUGCCAAGAAGAUGGAUGCUAAGGAGAUGCUCACGAGCUUGGAUCGCAAUUGGGAAUCUGCCCUGUCGGCGGGUCCUCUGGCCUUAUCUGAAUUCAUCAACAUCCUCGGCUUGACUACUGAAAGCCACUCCAAGAGUGUAGUUGCCAAGAACACUGCUAUCAUCUCUGGCCUCUUCUUGAAGGCGUUUGAUCUACGACGACGCAUCCUUUCGGCCGGUGAAGGUGGGGAGAAGGUACUGCGGCAAAUAUCGGAGCUGGAAGCUGCCGUGUACGAAAAGGCCAUGAAGAUGAUUUACAAGCUGAACGACGCAGCAUUCCGCCCCAUUUUCCAGCAGAUUGUCGAGUGGCCUGGCUCCAACGUCCCGAAGUCGGACAGCACCGGACGCGCCUUGCAGCAGCUUGCCGUGUACGGGUUCCUGCAUACCUUUUUCGACAACCUCAAAUCGAUUGUGACCAAUUAUGCUACGUAUGUGCUGGACGAUGCAGUUCAGAUCCUCGGCAAGAUCCAGCCACAGGCGAAUGCUGAGAGCCGAGACUUGUGGAAACGCGUGCUUGGCACGCUGAGCAAGUGCUUCGAGCACGACCAGGAUGACUUUUGGCAGGCGCCGGCACACUUUGGAGCGAUUGCGCCCGUGCUGCUGCAACACUUCUUGCUGGCCCCACAGAUCGACAUUGAAGCAGAUUUGAUCCCUGCGACCGUCGAGCUGGCAGCCGCGGCUGAUUCGCAGACGCAUCAGAAGGAACUCAACUCGUCUCUGCUGCAGCACCUGCGCUCCGAACAGACGGCCGUGCGACUGGCGGCUGUCAAGUGCGAGCAGGCGCUGACGGACAGAUUGGGCGAGGAGUGGCUCUCGAUGCUGCAUGAGAUGCUGCCGAGAAUCAGCGAGCUUCAGGAGGAUGACGACGAAGUUGUGGAGAGAGAGACACAUAGAUGGAUUGUCAAGAUUGAGGGCGUACUUGGCGAGAGCCUGGACGCCAUGCUGCAGUAA